AUGACCCCUAUUUCAAUGACAACAAUGAUGAGUGCCACUAGUGGCAGGCUGCUGCCAGAGAGGCUGAUCAGUUGGAGUGUUAUGCAGUUGGUGGUAAUACUGGCCAAACAGAAGGCACACAAGAGGUGGUAUCUCCAAGCACAAGCAGCAGAAGAAAGAAGAAGGAACAUGGAAAGUAACAGGACUAGUAUGCUUAUUGGUACUACCACCAACAGCAUACUCAACCCUCCAUUCUGGGAACCUCCCACUCCCACCAAGACUGAUGAUAUCCUCAUCAGGAGAGAUGGAAUACCAGCAGAGCAGAGAACCAUUGGAGGGGAUAAUGAAAGCAUCGACUCCACAGGUGACAUUCAGAGAUUUCUUGAUGGGAACUUCACCACCCUCUUCCUCAAUCUAAGAUUCUACAGAAACUUCUGCCAGUAUUACAGAGCAAUAGUGGUGGCAACAAAGAGGGGCAAUGAGGAGCAGCAAGAACAGCUUAAGUAG